GUACAUGUGUAGGUGGUAUACUGUGGUUUUAGUGCUCAUAUCCAAAGGCAGAUUUUUGGGGGACUAUGUUCAUGGACCAUGUUUCUAGAGGCCAUGUCCUAACUCUUACCCAGACUGAGCACGAGCAGACCAGCUGCUAACAUGGACAACGAACUGCCCCGCCAGGAACUGGUCAAGUGCGUUGUGGUCGGCGACAGCGCGGUGGGCAAGACCAGACUGAUCGUAGCCCGGGCAACCAACCAAGCAAUGACGAGAUCGCAGCUCUUCCAGACUCACAUUCCUUCCGUCUGGGCCAUUGACCAGUAUCGCAUGUGCCAAGAGGUUCUUGAGAACUCCUGGGAGACGAUAGAUGGGGUCAGUGUGUCCCUGCGUCUCUGGGAUACCUUCGGUGACCAUGAAAAAGAUAGACAGUUCGCUUAUGGCAGGGCAGACGUGGUGCUCCUGUGCUUCUCCAUCGCCGAUGCCGUCUCGCUGAAGAACGUCAAGAAAAAGUGGCUGCCGGAGAUCCGUCACUUCUGCCCCCGGGCGCCCAUCAUCAUGUGUGGAUGCAAAAACGAUCUCCGUUACGCCGACCUGGAGGCCCUGAAGAAAGAAAGGGGGCCAGUGAGCCACCAAUGUUCUCGCCAUCGGGCCUUUGACCCCGAAGGUAUACUUCCUCCAAAAGAAGGCCGCAACAUUGCCAAAGAAUCCAACUGCGUCUAUUACGAAACCAGUUCCUACACACUCUAUGGAGUCCAGGAGGUCUUUGACAACGUAGUGAGGGCAGCGCUCAUCUACAGACGGCAACAUAGGUUCUGGCAGUCCAAUCUAAAGAAGGUCCAGAAGCCACUCCUGCAAGCCCCCUACUUACCAGGCUGUCCUAGAGAGCCUAGUAUCCACAUCCCAGAUUCCACAUAUGCUUCAGAUAUCAGUUUCUUACUCAAGGAACCAGCUUGUGCUGAUGUCAUCUUCACAGCACAUGGAGAGCUGAUCUGUGCACACAAGGUUUGCCUCCUGGCUGCUUCACCUAUAUUUAGUGAAUUGUUCCUCGAUGAUGAGAAAGAAAUAGAACUGUCCAAACAGUCGUCAUUGUCUGUAAACAACUCGAGUAAUGAGAACCAGUCACAAGCCAAAGAUAUCCUUCAACCCCACCACCACAACGUUCCCCAUCAAAGUCCUCGGUCAGAGUCCCCGAUGUGCUGUCACAGUCCAACACCAGACAGGUCCCAGUCACCUGAAUGCAACCAUGAGAACAUUUGCCCCUCACCUCCCCUGGGGUUGCACCCUAACUUUAACACCCUCCUUGCAGAGGACCAGUGUUUGAGCAUCUCACCCAAUGGGAACACAUGCCUGUUCUCCGGCUCCGCUCAGCACAAAAACUGCAGCAAGGCCAAGCCUGCGAUGAGCUCAUCGCCGUCGCACCAUCAACAGACCUCAACACCAACCAGGUUUCGCUCGUCCUCCCCAUCCAUUAGGUCCUCACCGCUGCAGCAGAUCAACACGCCCACAGUGCCUGCCAACCUCCAAUGCCUUCCGACAAAGACUCUGAAUCACCAGGCCUUUGACUCCAUCCAUUUACAGCAGGUCACCGACAACCUGGGUGGUCGAACCAUCCAGCGGCACAUUGUUGUCCUUAACCCCAAGAUCACAGCGGAAGCAUUCAGGGCAGUUCUGGAGUUCCUAUACACAGGUUCGUUGGACAUCAAGGUGUACAGUAGCCUUAGCGAUAUCAUCACUGCUGCAUCUUUGUUGGACCUAUCGGACCUGGUUGCCUUUGUGGCCAAUGUAAAGAAUCAGGAAGUGUUUCUCAAUGCAGAUCUAGUGGACAACUUUCUGCAUAAAAGAAAGGAGCGGUUUGCCAAGCUCUUUGCCAACCAAGGCCUUCUGUCAGAUUUAGUGAUUAAUGUUGAAGAUGGUCAAGUGAAGAGUCACAAGUGUCUGGUCAUGGUGAGAUGUGAUCCGAUGUUAGCUAUGCUCAGUGGCAACUUCAAGGAAAGCUCAUCAGAGGUAUCUAUGAAAACCUUCAAGAAGUCAACCUUUGAGUUGUUCUUGGAGUAUCUGUACACUGACCAGUGCCACAUAGAGACCAACUCCGAUGCUCUAGCUCUCUUAGAGCUAGCCAACUUCCUGUGCUUGCCCCACCUGGUCGCCCUGUGUGAGAAGAGUGUUGUCCAUGAGCUCCAGUCCAGCAUGGAGACACAAGAAGUCCUUGAUGAAGCCGUUGUCGGUGUCCUCCAGAUAGCCAAGCUUCACAAUGCUCACCAGCUCCAUAGCUGGUGCAUCCAUUACAUGACCAUACGCUACAUAGACGUCCAGAAGGGCCGACCAAAGCUGUUCAAGGAGCUUGCUCCAGAGUAUCGCAAGCAGAUAGAGCGCCAGCGCUGGCCACCCGCCUACUAUCUAGACGAAGCGGCUUACUUUGAAAAAUGUCUGGCUGAGCUGAAGAAAGGCAAUGACAUUCGGACCAAGAAACACAAGUGGUGUCUGAGAUGAUUUCAUCCAGGUUCUAGGUGACUCCUUUCCUCCUAUCAAAGGCUGUUGCAGGUCUUAGUAUCCCUCCGUGCCCUGGUAUUUUUCUGCUGCUGUUUUCACAUUAAAGCUCUUGAUGUUGUCUAGGGUAGAUGGAGUGCGGGGCUGAAUGUAACUCAUAUGUGAUGGUUGAUUGUAGAAAGGUAUUUAUUAAUUGUCUGUCGCUCUACACGCAGGAGUAGGAAGUGGUUAGCUGGUAGGAAGGUACCCCUGAGAGCCUUAUCAUCACUACUCAGUAAGACAGGGACCUAUAACACAAAGCGUAGUAAUUGGUCUUUGGACUGAUUUAUAUGAUUGAUUGCAUUGACUAUUAUGUAUGAUCAAUCAUAAAAGCAGCCCUACAAUCAAUUAGCUAUGCUUUAUGUCACUGAGCCAAGGGGUAAUAAUGAUUACACAGUACCAUCCGACUUAUAUCCUAAUGCUAGAGAAGAAUUUAGGUAGUUUUAUUGAAACAAAAAUAGAUCCUAUGGAUUUGAAAGCCUAAAAUUAUUGUCAAGCACUACUACCAAUCAAACAGUAAAUUUUGUUUUGUCUAGUUUCUUUGUUAGAAACCAGGACACUGUUUCACAAAGGAUGUACCAUUCAUUUAAUUACCAUGGUAGCAGAUCGAACCAGCCAUCCACAAUGAUAGUUCAUAUAUUGGCAAAGUUUCCAGUAUCGUAAGUCAUUGUGAAAAAGGCUUCAGAUAAUCAUUUGACCAUACUAGUAUUUAUCAUUCCAAUUAUUAUCCUUUAGUUUGAGAAGUCCAAUUUGAAUGGACUUACAAGGGUAUGGAAUGAAGACUACGAGUCACUGCUUAUAGUCCAAAAACUCACAAGUGGGAAAAUGUCACCUUCGUUUUCCAUAUUAUUUGCAAAAUAUUGGUUGUUAUGAAAGAUGUUUUGACUAAACCAAAAAGAAUAAAGGAAGAAAUUUGAUUUCUUGUGAAUCUUGUCCUAGACAUUGAACAAAAACUUAUUCAAUUCCCAUUAUUUUAAAUCAUUUGUUUAUUUUCAUUGAACUUUAUUGAGAUUUAAUCUUAUGCCCGGCACACACUAUGUGAUUCGUUGCAAUCCAAAUUUAAAGAAAUUGUAAUAACAUUUGAUAUAAACAUGUCAACCAGUAAAAUCUUAUCAAUCAGAAGAUUUCAGAAUAGUGGUAGGACUACUGAAAUCGAAAUUCAGUCUGGGUUGAGCCUCCCUACAGAAAGAAAAGAAAAUUCAAAUUGUAAUGAUGUCAUUAUUGGCUGUGACUUGAAGUCGAUUUGGACUUAACUCCGACCACAGGGCUUGCCACAGAGAAAAACUAUUUUCUUAUUCCUAACAUUAUGCAGAACUUCAAAUUAAAUAAUAUUUACUUCUUGGAACUUUCAUAUUUAGUGCAAACUACAAUUUAU